CAUGUGUGAGCUCCCAGGUCUGCCAGUGGAGCUGGGGGAGCUGCUGGGGGAGGUGAGGAGUCUGCGGGCUCAGCUGCAAACCAGCGUGCAGGAGAACAGCGCCCUCAAACAACUAGAGCUCCACAAGCAGCUGGAGCAGAAGCUGGGUGCCGGCUCCCCUCGGAUGCCCUCCCUCUCUGCCCUCACCGCCAGCCCUCAGAGAGAAAACUUCUACAGACGUCAGCUGCUGCACGACCCAGCUCCAUCUCCACCAGUCAGGGACAUUGGUCUGUUUAACUGUGGAUCGCCCGGUCCUCCCUACUCAGACAUGGACGACAGCCAUAGCACUGCUAAUGCAGAUACUCUGGACCCUCACUCUGAGCUCGAGGGGGAGGCCCCUGACGGUUCAUUUGCAAACCGAAACGGCCGCCACGCCAUCGGUCACGUGGAUGACUUCAGUGCUCUGCAGCAGCAAGUCCUCGAGGGUCGGAGCCUCGUCCAGCGCAUGGAGACGACCCUGCAGGCCUGCCUGGGCCCACCGCUGCUGGAGGGCAACGAGAAACAGAGCGGUGAUGUGGUUCUGGACUAUGGAUAUGUGAAGAGUCUGCUGUCCAACACCAGGACGCUGAGGCAGAUCCUGGAGGAGUCGAUGUCUCUGCUGAAGAUGUUCUGGAGAGCAGCUCUGCCCAGCACCGAUCCCUCCGUCCAAAACCUCAAGAAGGAACAGUGUAUGAAGGAGGAGAUCUUGUCCCUGAAACUGCGGAUGUCGGAGCAGGAGGAGGUUCUAAAGGGGACAGUUCAGAGACUGAGGAGCACCAGCCGCACCAAGGAAAACAUGGAGCACUUCAUAGUUAAUCAGUUGUCGAGGACUCGAGAUGUGCUGAAGAAAGCAAGGACAAAUUUAGAGAAGAAUGAGCUGAGACUUUCCUCUCUAAGCUCCUCCUCUUCCUCUCCUUAUGCUGCUGAGGACCCAGGAGGUGCUGCCAGAGUGUGGCCUGCUAAUCGCGGUUUCCUGAAGACCGGCGGCGCCGCAGGGGCCACAGCCGAUCAGCGUCCAGCGACGAGAAAGCGCAGCAGCGAAUGCCUGCUUUAGACUUUUUUUUAAGAACCAGCCUCAACGCUACCAGCUCUCUGACCUCUGUGCUCAAACAGCCAAGACCCCUCAAACCCCCCCCCUCCUCCCUGUUUCCUUCCUAACCUUUGCCAUGAAAGUGCUUCCGUCCAUCCCUCUCUCCCUCCUCUGGGCAACACGUGCACUGCGUUAUCUGCACCUCGAGCCUUACCACACACCCCUCACUCUCUCACCUCCCCCCUCUCCCAACUACCACCAUGUCUGAUUGUCUAUGAGUGAUGCAGGCAGCAGUUUACCUCUUGUGUGUGUGACAGAAGAAGGUGUGUGAAAUGUGCCUCUGAUGGAUUCAGUGACGUAUAUCCUACUGAUGGAGCUGGUUGAAGAUGCUCUUAAGACGUUGACCUCAGUCUAGAUCUUUCCCAUCUGGUUUCAGUACAGAAAGUUUACGUUAAUCAUCUUAAUUUGGAUUAGUGCCAAAAAUAAACAACAGACAAAGAGUUUGAAUUGGAGAAUUUGAAAAAAUGUAGAGAACUUUAAAAUGUGAUGUGUCUAUAAGAGCAUCCUCUCCUGACAGCCUGUGGACAGACAAGUUGUUCAUGCAUGUUUGAAAUGGCCUGUGGGGGAUAUUCUGCACACAUGUACACACAUAUCUAAAUAUGCGUGUAUGAUCGAACAUAGCUCACUCAAAGACAAGACACCCUCAACCACCACUGCCACAGAAAUGUUUACCCCCCAUUGUGGCACUCCUAUUAACAAGGAAAUCUUUUCUUUUUUUUUGCAAAUGCAAUGCAAAGAACAAUGACGCCCACAAUGUAUCACUAGACGACACAGUGGAGGAAUGUAGAGGAGGCAGGCGAUCACUGCUACGUAGUUCAAGUGUACUAUAUGUGUAUUUGUGGAGGAAGCUCAUAAAUGAUAUGUCAGCCAAGGGUUGGGAAUAGUAGAAGAAAAAGCCAGACGACGGUUCCAUUUCAGUCACAAGACUCAGUUUUCAGCUCCUGACGGGGCUUUUCGGCACCAAAGUGCGGCUGUGAAAGUAAUGAAGAAAAUAGUUGAGUUGAAUCGUUUAAAUUCUUGAGGCCACUUUCUGUUUGGUUGGAUGUGAUUUCUACAAAGAGGUCAAAGUGCUCAAAUGGAACCAGGCUAAACGCGUAUUCAAGCUCCUCUGUAGGAGUUCUCAUACGAGCAUGUGCAAUAAUAACGUUGUUUGUUGAAUGAUCAUGCUGCACCAGGUUGUUAUUAUUAUUAUUUCUUUGCCUGACACUGGAUUAUUAGUCACACUCAUUAUGAUAUUAUGACACUAUCAGUGUCAUGACUGUACUUUUUUUCUGGAGUGUUGAUGCAUGAAAGAGAUUGAUAAAUGGAAAAAAAAUCUGAGCUAUGGAACAGUGGAUUGGCCAUCCUUGCCGAAGUUUGAAAUUGAAAUGAACUCUAAUUUCACUUUGACUUGCCGUAUCCAUGCGAAUGACAAACUAUCUAAUCAAACUUUUUUUGAAGUGGAUCUAGAGCCACAGAGACGGUAACCGUUAACAUGGGUGGUUCGAUUUAUUUUCGAAUUGUGCGACAAUUUGGACCAAAACUCAACAGUGGAUUUUUUUUCUGCUUGAGUCUUAUUGGUCUUUCUUUUUAGUUCAGGCCGUCCUAACAUUCCCAUGGUAAUGGCAACAUAGGUUAUCAAGUUCUUAUAGAUGACAAACUUUGGCAGGGUACUGGUGCGGUCGUUGUUCUGUAAUUCAAUCACUCCAAUCACUUCAAUUUCACAUUUAGUUUGAUGUGUUGUCUUGCUGUACAUUUGCCAUUUUAUGCUGUAAAUAACCAGCUUUUUCUGUAUGAACUUUUUUGUGUGAGUGUGCUUGUGUGCAUGUGUGUGUGCCUGAGUGUGUGUGUGAAAAAACAUCCAACAUUUGCUUUUUGCAAAGUUGAUCAUCUGGGUAGCUGUGCAAUAGCUUUAUGUAUUUUAUUUUGAUGUUAAACAUCAUUGUAUUACACGUUUGCUACAUCCACCCCCUGCGGUGUAUGACUCAUAUGCAGUGUGUGUUAGAGGAUUGUGUCACUUUGACUCGAUUAGUCACAUAGAUAGGAAAUAAUCAACAAUGCCUUCAUGACAUGUCACAGUAUUGUUCUCCGAUUACAAAGCUCUGGUUAAUGUUGCUUCGCUCGCCUUUAAAUUUAGCCCCAGAGCUUCUUCCUGCUCUCCGUGGUAGAAAUGGCCUUAAGUUAGUGCUUGUCUACCUGAAAUCGGCCAAAUUAGGUUUUAUUUGCGCUCAAGUCAUCUGAAAACGAGAAAAGUUGCCAAGUAUUUCAAUUAUUUCAUAUUUCCUAACGAAAUUAAUGAAGUUAAAGUGAAAUGUUUUAAAGAUUUGUCUACUGAAAAAAAAAGAAAAGCCAAUGACUGGAACGAUUGUGAAAUGCUGGAUCCACAAAGCACCUUUUUAGAGCGUAAACAAAGCCUUAUUGCUAUUUAAUAAGAAGGGAAUCAAACAGCAGUUUGAAAUGUAUUGUUGGUCCUGAGUUGCGUAUGUAUAUACAGCUUUUUGAUUGGUGCAGGUUUUAUGUGAGUGGAAAGCAGCUUUGUUUCAGAUUUUGUGUAUAAUGAACUAGAAAGCCGAUGCAGGACUUAUAUGGAUCCUGUCUCUGAUGACAGUUAACAGCGUGUUGUGUUGGCACGUAUUAGCAAUGAAAGAUUUGGGGAAAGAAUGAAUAAAACACUUAAGAUCUUGUGGUUUA